UAAACUGUCGCGAUAGUUUGUUCGUUGAUCGUCCCUCCGGCUCCAGCCUUUUACUUCAGUCCCUUUCAGCAGCGCCUAUAGGAGACUGUCCCAGCCGAGCAGCAGUGUAACGCACACCAUGGCAGAGCAGGAACCCACACCAGAGCAGCUGGCAGCGAUCGCCGCGGCGAACGAAGAGGCCGACAGCGCGGUCAACUACAAACCUCCCGCCCAGAAGAGCUUACAGGAGAUCGCGGAGCUGGACAAAGAUGACGAGAGCCUGCGCAAGUACAAGGAGGCGCUGCUGGGUAAAGCCGCUGCUGGUGUAGCUGCAGAUCCCGCCGUUCCCAACAUCCAGGUGACGCGAAUGACUCUGGUAUGUGAGGCAGCUCCGAACCCUCUGAUCCUUGACCUGCAGGGAGAUCUGGACGGCUUCAGGAAGAACCCAUUUGUGCUGAAGGAGGGAGUCGAGUACAGGAUAAAGAUCAACUUCAAGGUCAACAGGGAGAUUGUGUCAGGUCUGAAGUACAUUCAGCAAUCAUUCAGGAAAGGAGUAAAGGUUGACAAAUCAGACUACAUGGUUGGCAGCUACGGGCCCAGACCAGACGAGGAGUACGAGUUCCUCACCACCAUGGAGGAGGCACCCAAGGGGAUGCUGGCCCGUGGCACCUACAACAUCAAAUCCAAGUUCACCGACGACGACAAACACGAUCACCUCUCCUGGGAUUGGAGCCUCACUAUCAAGAAAGAGUGGAAAGACUGAUUCCUCUCGCCCAUCCUCCAUCAUUACCUUCCUCUUCUUUAUCGCUCUUUCUGUUUUCUUGCUGUCAUUCCAUUUUUCUUUUUCUAUUUAGAUCCAUUUGUAGAUUUUGUAUUGAUUUAAGCUUUUGCUCCCUCCGUCCAUUGACGCCUCUUUCCCCGCUCUUAUGGUUUCCUUUUUUCUAACUUUUCCAUCACUUCAUCUUUCCUCCCAUCGUAACGCUUCAUUUGUUUGCUCCCGCUAUUUCCUGUUGAGUAUUAAAUCAUUAGAUGUGGAAAAAGCAAACGAUGUGCACAAUCCAGUUUUUUUGGUAACAAUUUGUUUAUAAAGGAGAAAAAAAAGAAAAUAUUUUAAAAAACAUUACUGCUCUUGGAAAAAGUGAUGAAAUUUGUGAUUCCCUCUGCUCUUUAGCGCUCUCUUUUCUCACUCUUCUUUAUUAUUCGAUUGUUUUGUACGAUUACCACGAUCUGCCUUUGAAAGCAUUGUACAGGAAGCAGCAGUGCUGUAUGUGCGGGGCCGCUGUACGGUCAUUGAGCAAUCUUUGCUGGACACAAGUCUCAGACACAGCCCUCCUAAAGCCUUUGAGCAGAUUAUUGUACCAGGUUCUUGAUAAACGAUGUGGAAUUCAGUCCAGCUUUGUUUUUUCAAAUCGUUUAUCAGCCUACAGAGCCUGCUGAGAGAACCGAGGGUUAAACAAAAUUACCUCUGACCUCUUGCGACCCCUUGCUCUAGGUGCAGCUGUUCCUCUCCUGAUCAGGGUAUUUUGGCAGUUUUUUAGCAGCCACGUGGCCUUAACAAACCCUAUAGUUUGAGGAUGAAAUAGACAAACCUAGUUGAGCCAUUUGCCUUCAUAUUCCAUUUGCCAGACCAUCAUGUGAGCCUGUUUUUAACAAUACUUGUAACACAUCAAUAGAGAAAUCAGGAAUAAGGACUUAAAUCACCUAUUUUUUCAGGUUGAUGAUUCAUAAAAGCACUUGUCUGAUGAAUUUUUUUUUCUUUUUUUUUUAGAUCAUUCACAACAACAUGUAGGAUUUUGUAUCAUACAAUGUCCCCAUAGUUCCUUCCCAAAUUGAAAUCAAGGACAGUUAAAACCGCUCACCUCGUAUUAGUCAAGUUUAGGAUUACCGUUGCUGAUUCCGGUGUCUUGCAACCCGCUGACUCGGCAGCUCCGUGUGUGUGCUGAUGUCAGUGAGGUGAAAAUGUUGUCUGUAAUUGACUUCUAAACCAGUGUAGAGACAUCAGUCCCCAACUAGACACCAACGGUUAACACAUCCUGCCAUAUGAAAGUUUUUGUUUUGUUAUGUAAACUCCAUACAAUGUGAAUGAAUUCUGUUUUCAGAGUUUCAUUCAGCUCACUCAUGUCAAUGACUGAUGUUGUUUCCUCUAUGGGUUGGGUUUGACUCAAUGUGUGCUACUUGUAUUACCUACAGUUUACCAACCUCCUGUGUUCACAUUAAAGUGUUCAGACUGGG